CGGCAGCAACGGCAGCAGCCUCCUCCUCAGCCUCCUCAGACUCAUCAUCAGCAGCAGCGGGUCCGAGGCUCGCUCCCGCACGGGCGCGCUCCCCCUCUUCACCCCCUGCGCCCAUCAUCACAGACACACAGCCAGACUGGAGAGGAGGAGGAUGAUAGGCAAGAAGGCGCGCAGCGGCCCCGACGUGCGGCGCUUCCUCCGCAGGAACUGGCUGCUCUUGUCCACCGUGCUGUCGGUGGUGCUCGGCAUCGGAUUGGGUCUGCUGGUGCGUCAGUAUGGCUCGCUGUCCCAGCUCCACAAGUACUACUUCGGCUUCCCGGGGGAGAUUCUGAUGCGAAUGCUCAAGAUGGUCAUCCUGCCGCUCGUCAUUUCCAGCAUGAUAACAGGUGUGGCUGCCCUCGACUCCGAGGUGUCUGGCAGGAUUGGUUUGCGUGCGGUCGUCUACUACUUCUCCACCACCAUCAUCGCUGUUAUCCUGGGGAUUGUUUUGGUUAUGGCUAUCAAGCCGGGUGUCUCUCAUGAAGCUGACAACCUAGACAGAACGGGCUCAACGCCGGACGUCACCACCGUGGACGCCAUGCUGGACCUCCUCAGGAACAUGUUUGCUGAGAACCUCGUCCAAGCUUGCUUUCAGCAGUUCAAGACCAAGCGUGAGGAAAUUGAACCCAGUAAGCCUGCAGCGAACACAGAAGUGCCACCGUCCGUCACCGUCAUGACAACGCUUGUCCCAGAAAACAUAACCAAGGACUACAAGAUAGUGGGGCUGUACUCAGACGGAGUCAACGUGCUGGGGCUCAUCGUAUUCUGUCUGGUGUUUGGCCUGGUCAUUGGCCAGAUGGGUGAGAGGGGGCGCAUCCUCAUCGAGUUCUUUGACGCACUCAAUGAGGCAACCAUGAAAAUUGUCCACAUCAUAAUGUGUUACAUGCCUAUUGGAAUUCUGUUCCUGAUUGCUGCCAAGAUCAUUGAGGUUGAGGACUGGGACAUCUUCAGGAAACUCGGGCUGUAUAUGGUCACCGUACUGAGCGGGCUGGCCAUCCACUCCAUCAUCUUCCUCCCGCUCAUCUACUUUGUGUUUGUGAGGAAGAACCCGUUCACGUUUUUCCUGGGGAUGGCCCAAGCCUUACUCACUGCCCUCAUGAUCUCCUCCAGCUCAGCAACUCUGCCUGUCACCUUCCGGUGCGCUGAGGAGAACAACAUGAUCGACAAGCGCAUCACACGCUUCGUGCUGCCGGUCGGCGCCACCAUCAACAUGGACGGCACGGCUCUCUAUGAGGCCGUAGCUGCCAUCUUCAUCGCCCAGCUCAACAACUAUGUCCUCGAUGUUGGUCAGAUCAUCACCAUCAGCAUAACAGCAACGGCUGCCAGCAUCGGGGCCGCUGGUGUUCCCAAUGCCGGCAUGGUUACCAUGGUGAUUGUCCUGACUGCUUUGGGACUUCCAGCCAGUGAUGUCACUCUCAUAAUUGCUGUGGAUUGGCUCCUCGACCGCUUCCGAACCAUGGUCAAUGUACUGGGGGAUGCCUUUGGUGCUGGCAUUGUCCAGAAACUCUCCAAGAAGGAGCUGGAGAGAAUGGAUCUGACGUCGGACGUGGACGUGGUGAACCCCUUCGCCCUGGAGGCCACGAUGGACGACGAGGAUGGCGAGAAAAAGUCCUACGUCAACGGUGGUUUCACGGUGGACAAGAGCGACACCAUAUCCUUCACACAGACCUCUCAGUUCUAGCGGUCAGCGGAGGGCGGGAGCUGGUGAGGCGCCGCGCUGAACGUGCGAGGCUGGAGGUAGGAGUCGUAGCAUCAGUGCCACCACACGACGACAACGAUGACGACCACAACAAGCAGUGAGAGCGGAAGCAUCGGGAGCCAGACUUCGGCAAUAGCUACCAUUAGUUCUCCCAGGGGCCCUUCGGGAGUCGGUGCCAAACUGGAGAAAGAAGAUCAGGACACGGAGGUGUUUCCAUAAACACAGGGGCUGCUCUCCUGAACAGGAGUGCUUCACUGAGGACAAACACACUUUGCUUCAUGCUUACGAGUUGUGUGUUGUGUAGCCUUAUGUGAGACCACAUCAUUCUAGAGUCAACCGGCCCAGCCCGCUGUCAUGGAAAGCCAGACUGCUGUGUGCGCGACAUUCAGAUCUUCUCCUCAUCAUCAGUGUCAUUGUGGCUUUUGGAAGCGCCGCCUUCUCCGUCCACGUGUUUGUGCUGCGUAAAACUCACUCGAACCUGGCCGCUGGACUAUGCUGUGUAUGUGUCCUCUAUCAUCGAGCAUGGGUAACGCAUCCGACAAUGAGUAUACUCAAGAACAUCUAUGAUUAAUGUCGUUCUUAGAUCCAAAUUUUUUUAGAUCCUUUUUUAUUUCAGAAUAUUAAUUGUGACUUUUGUGGAAUUUUCUAGAUCAGCUCUUAUAAUUGUAGCUCAUUUGCCUGCAUGAUUCAUAUGGGGUAGAAAUGUAGGGUAGAGAUGGGUUUGACCUUACAGAGAGUUCUGGUAGGAACCAGCAAGCCAUCUUUCUUCAUCAGCUGUUUCCUCUUUUCCAAGUUCUCGGCAACGCCACCACGUGCAUUAGGAAACGUGUGCGUUACCGCAUACCGAGCAGCCGUUCUCCAGGAGUGUAAAGCCCUGGCGCGUUUGUAUAAAAGGAGUCAUUUCCCUCAUUUGCUCGAAUGUUUGGGUGCUGCAGGUUUUGUUAAUGAGUUUCAUACCUGUUUGUUUUUUGGUAAUUCAGACCCAGACAGUUCUGAGUGUUCUAGAACAUUCUGUUUCCGUCAAAUGCAGUGUACAGCGAGAGGGAGCUUUUUAAAAUAUGUUACUAAUGAGUUGAUGCAUGAAGCAAUGUGAGAGAUUUUUAAAUGAGGGAGCAUGUGAAUGAAGACUGCUGAUUGGGAUUUGUUGUGUCAAGGACCACAGGAGCUGGUGGUGGAGAUCCCUGGUGUGUCCUGCGGUCCUCGGUUGUAGUGUCAUGGAGAAAAUUCAAAAUUUUUAUUACUUGUGAAGAAGCCGUGGCUUGAAGAAACGCGCUGUACUGUAGUAUCGUACACCCCACCCUCUGAGCACUCUUCCAUCCAUGGGGGAUGGCAGUGACCAAAGCCAUUUGAUAGUCAGUUUGCGGUGACAAACCAUCCACAGUCACUGCGCCGAUCCUAAAGCAGAACCCGGAAAGGACCCGCUGAAAGAAGCGUUUGACUUGGACCCCAUACAGGCAAUAUGAUCCUACAA